CGCGCGGUUGUGGGAGGGAGAUGGAAGAUGGCGUCGCGGGUGAGUGGAAUCGGCGGUAGCGGCGGCGAAGAAAACCGUCUGGUGUCGCUGCCGUUGUCUCGCAUCCGGGUGAUCAUGAAGAGCUCGCCUGAGGUCUCCAGCAUCAACCCGGACGCCAUUUUCCUCACGGCGAAGGCCACGGAGCUGUUUGUCCAGUAUUUAGCCGUGCAUUCCUACAAGCAUGGCCAGGGAAAGAACAAAACAUCAUUAACCUACAGUGACUUGUCCCAUACAGCAGAGAACUAUGAUACAUUUCAGUUCCUUGCAGAUAUCCUGCCAAAGAAGAUCUUGGCUAGCAAAUAUCUAAAAAUGCUUGAGAGAGAAAAAGAGGGAGGAGAAGAGGAGGAGGAGGAGGAAGAGGAGGCAGAAGAGGAAGAGGAGGAAGAAAGUGAAGAGGAAGAAGCAUCUUGAGGGUGACAAAUGACUUACAGCACAUCCUUGUUACACAUUAAUUUGUGUUCAAGUAAAGUCCUGCUAUCUCUGCAUUGGUUGAAAAUUGAACAACUGGAUUGCCAGUUUGUUUUACAAUAUAUGCAAGAGCCAUAAGUGUGGGACUGAACUUGUGAAGAGAUUUUUAUUUUAAUUUUAAAAUACAGCUCUUUGUUAAAAGCUUACUAACUACAUAUCAAACAUUAUAUUGUGGAUACUGUAUUUCCAAUACAGAGGUUUCUUCCUAGGCCCACAUUGGGCAGCUCAGCAGUGACAAUGUACCUCCUGAUAGGGAACAAUUUGUUUAACAGCUUCAUAGAAACCAAACAUAAUGCAGAAUGUCCAGCCUAGUUGGGAACAAAUGGGGAAACUCUUUUCAUGUUUUGGGGGUUUUUUUAAUUACUACUUGCAGUGAUGUUAUGCAUUUUGUUAAUAGGGAGGGAAAUCUGCUCUGCCUCAUGUUAAUAUGUAUAUUUUGAAAGGAUGUUAAAUAUAGAAGUAGCAUUUCCACAGCAGGGACUCUUUCCCAUUUUGAGUAAGAGAUGUACUUUAUUCUUUAAACAGUGGCAACAUUUGUAGAAUACUUGUUCUAAUGAAUGUUUUAUAAAAAUGAAUUCAGAA